GCUCAAUAAGUGCCCGAUGGGGGAAUGAAUGAACGAGCCCCUGCCUCCUCGUCCCAGCCCAUCAGCCCCGGUGUUGAGAGCGUGCAGGCCACCCCCUGCCGCCACUGCACAGCCUGGGCAUCGGGACACCGGCAGGUGUUUCCUGGGUCCCUCCUGCGUACCUGGCCGUGCGGCGGGUGGUGCGGGGGGAUCCAGCCUCAGCAAGACAGACUCCCAGUCCCCGCGGAGCUCGCAGCCUCGAGCGCGUGAGCUCAGUCAAUGACUCCAGGUUAUGCAGUUUCCCGCACAAAUGAUGCCAGAACUCAAUGCCGGGAAGGGGGCGGGAGAGGCCUCUGCAGCUGGUGGCAUCUGCCCGGAGACCUGAGGACCUCACUCAAGUGGGGCGUGGGCAGUGGGGACCGGGAGGGUAGGGGCGGAAACACAGGGCAGGAGCAGCCAAGGGCCCUCCUACUAACGGUGGGGUUUCCAGGGUGAAAUCGGCUCCACUUGGGCUCACUGAGGUCCACACGCUUUAGCUCACCUGUUGGUUUGCAGUGGUUACUGAGCCUCUGUUCUGCACCAGGCUCCUGGUGGGUACGAGGCAUGCAGUAUAGGGCAGAGGUCUUGCAAGGGAUCCUAAAGGCGGUGACCGCAAAAGACAAGACCUCAUCGGGAGGUUGGGGGAAAGACGUAUUCCAGGCCGAGAAAGCAACCGGUGCAAAGGCCCUGAGGCAGGCACGGGCUGGGCAUACUCAAGGACCACAGAGGCCCGUGUGGGGUGAGGCGAAGCAGAGGCCGAUGGUGCGGAGCCUUCUCUACAGGGUGUGGUGCUGGGUUUUAUGGAAGGGCAGGGGGAAGCCAGUGGAGCAGCACCACCCAGUAGAACGUCCUGCAACCGUGGAAAGGCUCUGUCCGUGCCGUCCAGUGCGGUCACUACUGCCGAGCACUUGACAUUGUGGUUAGUGUGACCGAGGAGCUGAACUUUGCCUUUUAUGGAAUUGUAAUUAAUUUAAACAGACGCACAUGGUGGCUCGUGACCGCCGUAUUGGACAGCACGGCCGUGGCGAAUUUUCUGCAGGAGACAGUGAUGUGGGCCAGGCCCGGAAUGGAGCGAAGUACGGGGGGUGAUGGGCUUGGUCACUAAAGCUGCUCAAUCCUCCAACAGCUGACGGGGUUGCCCCUGGAGUUCACAGUGGCUGGACGGAGGCAUGAGCCCCCGGCUUCGUGGUUGGGCCCGGUAGCACGCCGUGGGACAGGAGUGUGCGCCCACACAUGGUUUGGCCCUGCAGCGACCACAGCAGCCCGGGCCGCCACCAUGAUGAAGCUGCUGGUGGCCAAAAUCCUUUGUAUGGUGGGCGUGUUCUUCUUCAUGCUGCUUGGUUCCCUGCUCCCUGUGAAGAUCAUCGAGACAGAUUUUGAGAAGGCCCAUCGCUCCAAAAAGAUCCUCUCACUCUGCAACACCUUUGGAGGUGGGGUCUUUCUGGCCACGUGCUUCAACGCUCUCCUGCCGGCUGUGAGGGAGAAGCUCCAGAAAGUUCUGAGUCUCGGGCACAUCAGCACCGACUACCCACUGGCCGAGACCAUCAUGAUGCUGGGCUUCUUCAUGACUGUCUUCCUGGAGCAGCUCAUCUUGACCUUCCGCAAGGAGAAGCCAUCGUUCAUCGACCUGGAGACCUUCAACGCUGGCUCGGACGCCGGCAGUGACUCGGAGUAUGAGAGCCCCUUCAUGGGGGGUGCACGGGGCCACACGCUCUAUGCGGAGCCCCACCCCCACGCACACGGGCUGAGCGUCCAAGAGCUGUCGCACUCCAGCCCGCUGCGGCUCCUCAGCCUGGUAUUUGCCCUGUCGGCGCACUCCAUCUUCGAGGGCCUGGCCCUGGGCCUGCAGGAGGACGGAGAGAAGGUAGUGAGCCUGUUCGUGGGGGUGGCCAUCCACGAGACGCUGGUGGCCGUGGCCCUGGGCAUCAGCAUGGCCAGGAGCGCCAUGGCCCUGAGGGACGCGGCCAAGCUGGCCGUCACUGUCAGUGCCAUGAUCCCCCUGGGCAUCAGCAUCGGCCUGGGCAUCGAGAGUGCCCAGGGGGUGCCCAGCAGCGUGGCCUCGGUGCUGCUGCAGGGCCUGGCAGGCGGCACGUUCCUCUUUGUCACCUUCUUCGAGAUCUUAGCGAAGGAGCUGGAGGAGAAGAGCGACCGUCUGCUCAAAGUCCUCUUUCUGGUGCUGGGUUAUGCCGUCCUGGCCGGCAUGGUCUUCCUCAAGUGGUGAACCUGCCCAUCGCCCGCCCACCGGAUACAGGUGGUCCCCCCGCUCCCAGGCGGGGCAGCUCAGGCCCCGGGCUGCCACCUGUGCACAGAGGGGCCGCGCCCCAGAUCCAACACCCUGAGCCUGGGGCACAGCGACUACUUUUAAAAAUACUUCUCUUAAAAUUGUUUACCAAAGCUGUGUGGCCAUGUCAUCCUCUGGCAUUGGGAUCUGAUGACUCACGCAGGAGGCGGGGCCGGGCAGCCGCAGGGGGUUGGCCUGGAACCCUCCACCCCCACACUCCCGCCUGGGGACAGGACAGGACCGUGGCUUCUCCGAGCCACCGAGCCCAUCUGGAGGCCUGAGACUUCUGUCCUCUGCUCCCAGCUGGCUCUGUCGCAUGGAGUGUCCAUCCGGCGGUCACACAGGGAAGCCCUGACUCGGGCCACCUGAGGCCUCGAGGGGGAUGGGCGGGGCGCCGGGACCUCAGCGCUUCCCUCUUCUUCUCUGCCUUCUGUGUGCCCCCCCCACCCCCCCGCUGCCAUACACUCGGUGGACCCGAGAGAUGCAGAGAUGCGCAGGCAGGGCUAGGGGCCGGCUGGGCCGUUGGUUCUCAGUCCCCGGGGCCGUGGGGCAGGGGACACACACCUGAAUCAGCCCCCGCAGAUGCAGAUGAAGCCCGAAGCUGCCUCAGGGUGCGUGUGGGGCUGGCACCAACCCUGGGCACCGGCUCCCUGGCAACCUUCUGUUCAACUCGCCCGUUGUCUCAGCAACCCCGAUGCGGGCCUCCGGGGAUAGGAGCCUGGGCCGAAAGCCUUGCCUGGGGGAUUUUGCCAUCAGAGGUGCUCCGGGGGAGUGCGGGCCGGUGGCCUGGGCUGGGCUCGGCUCUCGCAGCCUCAGCAAGAGGGCCCAGGUGCGUGCCUUCCCAGCACCCUGAUCCCCUUCCUCUGCCUCACUCCUGGCCUGCAGGGCCUCCCGAGCAUGGGCCCCUUCUGCCCCGGGGCCACGUGGGCGCCCCGGGGGCUGGCCUGCUGCCACCACUCAGCCCCUCCCAGCACAGGGUGACCACCUUUGCCACCGCCCCGGCCUCCUUCAGUUUUGUUACAAGAGGCAGGGGGAUCGGGGAUGUGUGUCCGAGAGCCUCAGCCUCUGCUCUGCCUGCCCCUGCCCUGUUGCUGCAGGACGGUCAGGCCUGAUGCUAGAAACUUCUGUCGGACUUGUCCUGGGGACCCAUCUCCAAACCCCACGUGGCCUCACCCUGCCCUGUGCUGGGAAAGUGGCCCCCAGGGUGUGGGGACAUCAUCCUUUCCAUUGUGUCCUGUGCUGUCAGCCUCGGCCUGCCCCCCACUUCACUCCACCCAGGAACUGGAAGUUUCCACCCACUUGGCCUUUUCCCUGAGUGGGCGGGUCAUUGUGGAGCCACCAGGUUCUGUAGCCUCCCUUCAUCUGGGCCGGGGUCAUCUCUGCUCCAGGGACCCCAGCUCCAUACGCCCUGUCGCUGCCAAAAGCGCACAUGCCACAGGGUCCCUACCCUCCUACCAGCCAUCAGCUGACCACCCCCCUGCCCCCACUGAUGUCUCCAAGGCCAUGUCCCCCUCACUCUGAGCACACUUCCUGACCAGUGGGCCCAGGAAGGGCACCACCACACCAGCAAGGAGCCUCGGGUCAUGGAAAGGCCCACGGGCCCCUCUGCUGGCCCCUCAGUCAGACGUCACCACUCCCCGAGUCCCCAGCGUCCUCAGAUUCUCUCCAUCUGCUGGGUUGUGGCCACUCCCGGCUGACCUACUCUCCCUAGGGUCCCACCAGCCCCAGCAAGCUGCUUCCAGGCCCCCUGAGGACGCUGGGAUCCCAAGAGGUUUGAGGGGGCUGUGUUGUAGACGAGGACACCUCUGGCCACCCCUUUUGUCUUCUGUGCCCAGUGGAGCAAGGGUCAGCCCUGGGACCUGCUUCCAGAAGCUGCCGUGGGGGUGACAGUGUCUUGGUCUUGGUCAGCUUUCCCCGCAUCGGGUGAGGAUUAGACCAUCUCCACGCCGAGGUAGGAGGAGUGGCUGUUUUGCCCUCCGACGGAAGCCCGGAGAAGCGGCGAUCACUCCUGAGGUUUCCUGGGCUCUGGUGGCCGAGUCUGGCCUAGACCAGGGUCUUCUGAGGCCUACCCGGGGCUCCAUCCCCCACAAGCUCGGGCACCGGGGCACCGCCACCUGGUGACAGCAGCUUUCCUGUGGAUACGACUGGAUCAAUCACCAGUUGGCCCUGGACCAGCCCCUGCACAAAACUGGGCAUCAGCCACGGAAGGCCAUCUGUGUGCACCUUUGUGAUCCUAAGGAGAUGUUGUGUGGCCUGCUGCUGCGGAGAUCCCUGCCUUUUGGGGGUCUUCUCACUCCGUGGUUCUCAGUAGGGGGGGUCCCGCAGGGUGCACCAGGCGGUGUCCGAGGACGUCUGUGGUGGUCACACUGGGGUGUCACCGCUCUAAUUCACAGGAAGUGACAGUGGGUUCCACGCAGAGGCCAGUUUGCUCUGAGAUCCCAUGUGCGUGUUGGAAAGAGAGGAGGGGGGCGGGCGCCUGCUGACGGGCGGGAGGCACGGCUGCCACAGCCUGGAUGUGAGGCUGCCCAGAGAGCACACGCUGCUGUCCGUCUGACAAAACCAAACCCUCCGCGCGGAACACCAAACACCAACUCUGUCCGUACGGUCGUGGCUGGGUCAAGGCCACCCCCAGCCACCUGCUCAGCCUAGGCUUCUCCCGGCCCCCAGCAGGAGGGGUCCCGGGUGGGCAGGAGGAGGUGGGGGUGCCCUCGGCUGGGGGCACCAUUCUGAGCUCUGCCAGGAGGAGAGUUACCUCGGACGGGUCUCCCCUCAUCAGCCAAGGCCAGGUUUUCCUCCACCAGGAGGUCCCUGGCCCGGGCCUCAGCCCUCCAAGGUCUGCUCCGCGUGGGGGCUCAGGGCACAGGCGAAGGCUGGAUGGAGUCAACCACAUUCCCCUCCUUGAUCUGGAGACAAAGGGGGAAAUUACGAGGCCUCGUGGAUUGAAUCAACCUUAAUAACAGUGUGUCGGGGCUUUGUUGUCUGCU